AUGGUCCUCUGUCCUUGGUUUAUCUCUUGCCUUGAACAUCGACCUUUUACUGACACCCCUUCCCCCGAUCUUUCCUCACUUCUUUCUUUGGUACAGUUGGACAGCACUAGUUUGGGUAAAGCUAGCACCAGAUCUCUUCAACGCCAUCUUCACCUGCAAGUGCCCUCAUCUCUAAAUUUGUCUGUCCAAUGGCGUAAAUUCUGGUCUGUCGCUAUCCCCCACCACUGUCGCACAGUCUGGUGUAAAAUGCUUUGGGAUAGAACGCCAACCCGAAAACGUCUCAAUCUAUUUAUACCUCGACGCUUCCUCAGCUCAUCUUGCAUCUUUUGUCAAGAUGCUACUGAAGAUCAGUAUCACUUUUUCUUUGGCUGUUCUAUCAAUCAGCAGGUGUGGAACGUCAUUCUCUCUCACUUUUGCCUGGCCUGGAACCUUGCUGAAAUCUGCCUUCUCCUUACCAGAGGCAGCUUCCCACCACGUUCCUCCCAUCAAGGCCUUUGGAUUAUCCUUUCCGCUGUCACUGCUAAAGCGAUUUGGAGUGCUCAUUGGAAAUUUGUUUUUGAUGACCAACCCUUUCUGUCAGGCGUUGUGGCACAGAAAGCGUCCACUGUAAUAGAAAAACACAUCAGUACACUAGCUUAA